CCGGGCGAUCGAUCGAUUUGAAUCUGCCUCUCGUGUGCGUGUAUGUGCUUUGAUCGCGUCGUCGUCGCGUCACGUCGCCGUAAUUGCGUCGCAAAACAAACGAUCCCCUGCCCCACCCCUCAACCGGCUUCGAGUGGAUGUUUUGAGUCGCGCACGUGCAUAACGCGCACCACAAUAAUAAUAGCAGCAGCUGCUGCAGCAAUAAGCGCCACCAUAACCAUUUUAAACACAAUUUGCGAUCUUCGCCGGCCUUCGUUGACCCGUCGUGUGGGUGUGUCGCUUGUCAAGUGUGAAAUUCGGAUGAUCAGUUCAAUAGAUAAUAAUGGAUCAUUCCAGCAGCGGGCGGCUGUGUUGAUCAAUUAGUGAGGAGCAGCGGUCCCAGAAUCGUCGCGUGGGUGUACCGCUGGCACAUUGGAAUAUUUACACGUGAAUAUAUAAGAUAUGCGUGUGCGGCUGUAUGGGUGAACCAAUUCAAAAUAAUGGGUUCAAUGCUUGGUGCAUACGCGUGAUUGUGCCGAAGGCAGCCUCCAUUCGGAUGCUGUGAACCGUUUGUUUGUGUAUUAUUUUACGUUUUCUUUCGAUUUGUUUACGGUGAAAGUGAACACCGAUGGAAAACAAGCUGCGGCGCGUGUUUUCGGUGAAAGAUUUUCCCUGUGCAGCGGGUUAUGAGCAGUGAUCGAGUGCGGCAAUCGGAUCACCAUUAUCGCUCAAUUGUGCAAUUCCGUUGGUCCGGCAAAAAGAAAGCCAAAGUGAGUGGCAUGAAGUGAAAAGUGAAAUAAUAUCUUGGUUUUUAUGUUAUUGGCAAACGACGAAGAAAAUAUUGUUUACCUUCGUCACCCGUAGCGAAGUGGAAUAGCUGAAAAAAGAGGACCUGCAACAACACCGCUGACUUGUCGUUACUAUCCGCCGAUAAUGAGGAAUCGGGCCCUGCCGGCGACCUAAAGACACCAUGUCGUCCCUCAGGAAGUCGGCUUCGUUCCGGUCGAGAAUUCCGGUACGGAGAAAUCGAGUUUCCGCGAGACGCUGCAUAAGCCCGCAGCCUUCGACAUCGACGCGCGUUACCAGCGCUACCAGCUCGAAUUAUUGCAGUGGAACGGAAAGCGGCCGCUCCGUCGGCCCUAUUGCUGCCAAUGCCUGCAGCGGAGAUGAUGGCGGUGGGCAGCAGUGGUACGAGCGGAGGUACUCCUCGUCGAGCUAUUCCAGCAGCGAUGAGAGUCACGAGUCGGAAGGACCACUAAAGCUGUUGCUGAAGCAUUCGCCGGAGUCGACCGAACGUGACAGUACGCGGCAGCAUAUGGCCACCGACCUGAGCGUUUCCACCGACGCCAUAAGCCUGGACGGGUUGCUGGAUUGUGUCAGCAGUGGGAGCUUUUCCAGCCCACCGUCGCCGAAGGAGAAGUUCAGUCGGGACUCCACCAUUCAUCAACCAGGACAAGAUAGCGAGGACGACGACGACGACGAAAGGAUUACUUCCAGCUGCGAGUCGUUGGAGAAAUUGAAUUACGCGCUCGAAACGCUCAAAAUCUCCGACACAUUUCACUCCGCGAAACAGGCAAUUAAUCAACAUUACGAAAAUCUCAUUAACGAGAACAACGCCGUCGACCAGCGGCAGCAUGCCGAUUCUGAGAAGCAGCGUAAGCUCAGCGAUUGGUACUACAUCAAGACUAGCCCCAAACAGAAGAGGAACAAAGCGGCGGCAAGUCCGUGCGCCGAGCGAAGAAACCAGCGGCUUGCGAAGGAUGAACCAUGCUCACCCCCGGCUGACAGGAAGCAGGCGCUUCCGCCGUGUUUAAGUGGCAAUCUGCAACAGGGCCAAGCACUGCCGGCACAACUUUUGAUUGCCGGUAAAUGUCCCACCGAAGCGGCGGAUGAAGUGAACUUCACCAACGCGCCCCAAAAUCCCGCCGAACGCCAGCAGCAUCGACCGCUCGACUCGAACUUAGUAAACUGCAAUAAAUUUUCAUCGCCCGUCGGGAGGAGCAUAUUUAUUCCCGACAAUGAUGGCCAUCUUUCGCCACCGAAACCUCCGCCCAACGCAUCACAACGUAUCUACCAAAGGUCAGCCUCGCCUACGAUGGCAAUAAAUGACAGAGAACUGUCGCCCCCGGUCACGAACAAAUGUUUCGAUAUUAGAAAGCGCACUACACGCGCUGCAGAGCAGCCACCGGCCAACGUGCCAUCGAAGGCGACAGCGGCGGCGGUCAGAAAUCGUCGGAACUGUGACAUCACGGGUGCCACCACCGCCAGCAGUAGCUUCGAACACAUCCCGGAAAUUAUCGACCUCUGCCGAUCGACGGGAAUUUCCCCCACCAAAGCAACGAAGCAGAAUAUUUAUGAAAAUUUUCCACCGCAUCAAACGUGGAAUCACGUGAUCGAGCAGCGAGUCGAGCUCAUCGGCGGCAACGGAGAAAGCCCAUGGUUUGGACCAAACGGCAUCAAUAAACACCAGCUGCCGCAGCCGUAUGCCAUCGAGGAUACCGACGAGUUUCGGUACAAAAACGCGGUCGAACGACCGCUUCCGAAGGGCCCACCAUCGCUUCCACCGUUGCCACCGCCGGUGGCGAUAGCCGCCAUCGAAUAUGGCGAGGAGGAUCACCAGAAGAAGAGUUCCUCGUUGACUAUGUGUUAUCCGACCAAGACGAAUCAGCAGCAGCAGCAGCAGCAACAACACCGCCAACACUAUCACCACCAAAUCACCACGCCAGCAUCCUACCGAACAGAUUACGAACUGUGCGGAUCGUAUGUGUCACUCGAGUGUCCAUCGCCGCCGGGACCGCCAGCAUGUUUCGCCGACAAGCCACGAGACCCUCAAGCUCGGCUUGCCCGCUAUCUCAGAACGCUUUAUACCGAGCUGGCGCUGAAGGAACCGGUGCUGCCCACCUGGGUCCAACCGGUGGCCCCAGGAGUGCUUUGUCCUGCCCGGCUGGAACCCGAACUAAGACUGCACAUCCACUCGCACUGUUUGAACGAGUGCAUCACGGUCGAUCAAAUACUGGCCGCCGUUCAGACCAAAGAUGGGCCUUUUCUGGAGGCACCCCGGCGGGUACUGAUCGAGUGCCCACCUUGGAUCACGCGUAGUGCGCUGGCCCUUCGGAUCCUGCACGCAUGGAGCCGAGAACCAACGUGGCCUCCCCGAGGCCAACCGGUAGCGUUAGCUCUUUUUAUACCUCUGAAUGAACUCAAAGGAUCGUUAGCACAGUAUGUAGGGAAGGAACUGCUGCCCCGGGGACCGCAGAAUCCAUUUGCGUCAGGUUUUGGUGGCUUCAACGCCGCCUGGAGCUCGCUCGAGUCACUCAAGAGCAAAUUGCUGAUCGUGCUGGAUGGGUACGAUGUGCAGAGCAAGUCGCGCAAGUAUAAAGCCAUGCCAAAGGACGUCGUAGAUUUGCUGGAGGGAAGGCUCUUUCCCGAGGCUCGUGUUAUCUUGAUUAGCGUAACUUCAUCGUGCGAAGAACUACUGCCCCUGAUGCAGCGCCAUGUAUCGUUCGAAGGUAUCACCUGGGGCCGAUCGGUUUCGCUUCUGGGCGGCGGACAAUGGGGUGCUCCAACGAGAUUGAUCGAUUCCGUGCAGGACUGUCGAUUCCUGAGGAACAUCGCUAGAAACUCCUUGGGAUGUCUAGCCAUCUCAUCGAUCUACGCAGCUAAUUCAGGGGACCUUUUGACUGAUGAAAUAGAUGUAAUUGCCUCGGUGUUUAACUGUGUUGCCGCCAACUCGUCGCAUACCCAAGUCACGGAACUCGGCCGAUUAGCGCUGUUUUGUUUGAAGACCAAACGGUCCACUGUCACUUCUGCAGAGCUGAAAAUGUACUGCUCAUCGCCGGAGAUCAACAUUAUCGGAUGUUUGGAUAAGGCUCCGGUUUUCGGUAGAACUGCUAGAAGAAAAUCGGAGUUUUACUAUACCACAAUCUGUCCGGGCAUUGCAGAAUUCUUAGCCGCCAACUAUCUGGUGUCGCUUGCGAGUCGACCAGGGCUGCUAGCCGCCGAGGUUGCUGGACUUGCGAUUGGCGAUGAGGUGGAACCGGAAAUUCUAAAAGUUCUCACGUACGCAAUGUCUCUUCUUGGAUCUCGAGCGUAUCUACUCCUCUCCAAACUAACACCUCUGUGGCUGAGCCCUCAAACCAUUUUUUCUUUGGCGCUCGCUGGUGGUGAAACCGAAGCCAACCUAACUGCUCUCUGUGAACUGCUUGGGAUCUCGAAAUCCCCGCCAAUACCACCACUGGAGGCAAAACCGAUAUGGGUUCAAAUCAAAUCCACGCCUUCCGAAAUGCAAGGCUGGGGUUUGGCACUGAAAAGUCCAACCUGUACGCUGAAAAACUUGGAAUUGGUCUAUCAAAUCGAGAAGAACAUGCUGCUCGAGUCACGAAACGUUAUGGACAUUUUCCUGGACGCACUGUCGAAAAACGAGAGCGUUACGACACUCCGGAUCACCUCGUUGAUUGAGAACGAGGUGCGCGAUUCGGACAUCAACUAUCUAGCUACUUGCAUAUCUAAAACCGUACUGAAACCACGACUGGAAAGCUUCGAACUGAUUCUCACACUGUUGGAGGAGGAUCCUCCCAUCUUAAAGCUGCAAUCUGUUGUGACAGGUCUUUGUCGGGUGAUCCCACGCCAACCGAAGCUCAGCAAUUUGAUAUUGGAUCUUGGGUUGUGCACCUCGCAGCUCGUCCAAAUUUGUUCGAUGCUCGAAAAGUGUCCCCAUGUGACGCGCCUAUCGUUUCCUCAUCUUCGCUGUGAGCGUGGUGCCGUUGGAGCCCUCGCAAAUCUACUGAAUGCGCGACCCCUUUCGUAUCUCGCACUCCCGUCCAGCUGGGGUGCUCGCGAUGAUCCUCCCUCCUCCAGUGGCGUCAGCAUGGGCUCCGGCUCCGGUAGUAGCUCCGGAAAUUCUGGACUCAUUAAGCAGUCAUCUCUGACAGGUGCGCCCUCACCACGAUCAUAUCCAACAGGCGGGAUCUUCUCGUCCUUGCCCCGAGGAGUCUUGAACUCCACCUCAAAUCCGGGUCGAUCGGCCACACUCCCGCGCCAACCAAUGGAUGGCCCACCGGACAAGCGGAGCACCGAUUCAGUCAUUUCCAGGACAUGGUACCCAACCCCAGCCUGCGAUGGUGGACCACACAAUUCGGGAACCCUGCACGAACUCCUGCUGGCGGCACGUGAUUCGUACUCGCGACUCCACGGAUUGGAUCUCAGCAAAGCCCAACUAUCGCUCGAGGAUUCCAUGUGUCUGGGUGAAACGGUUCGACUCUCGACAACGCUACACUCGCUCAAGUUGGAGGGUGCUUCGCGUCUCAGUGAAAUUCUGCCCGCGGUUCUGGGUGCCAGUGAAUCACCCAGCCUGCAGAUGCUCAGUCUUGGCUCACCCCGUAUCGCCCUGGAGGACGCCGCCGUUGGAAUGUCAGCACGUGCCUUGGGUAGUUGCAUCACGCUUAGACUGCUUAGUUUAGACGGCUGGAGCUUCAGGAUAGAGAACAUCGGUACGCUUGCCUCGGUGCGGGGUUUCCUCUCGCUUACCUCAAUCCGGGAGCUCGGCCUCAACAACUGCCGGCUGAAUUUGUCCAUGUUCAAGAGCGAUAUUGUAAUGCCGGGCAGAGCGUACGAGUGCCGCUCGAUAGUGAAUCUCAAGAUGGCCGGUGCCCAGAUAAUUUUCUCCGAUCACGUCUCGAUGAAGGGUCCCCACGUUCUACCAUAUCUCUCCGGGUUCGUUAAUCUGCGCGAGCUGGAUUUGUCCGCUCCGUCGAGGACCGGUCUCGGAAGCACCUCGUCGACCCCGUUGAUACUUUCCGACAAGGACAUCAUCGGUUUCUUCACUACGCUCAAUGCUAACUUUAGUUCACUCAACACGCUCAAAAUCUGCAACUGGAUCCUGCAUGUGGACGAUGCAGUGCGCACACUGAAAACCAUCUCCAAACUGUUCAAAUCGAGCCCGAUGAGCCACGUUAAGGUAGACGGCAUCAUUGUGUUGGAUCGACCCAAAAAGCAGAGGAUCGAAGGCUUGUUUAUGCAUGCCCUGCUAGGUUCGCUACCACAGCUGCGCUGGCUGGGCAUCACCGUGACUGGACUGAGUGAGGAACAAAUCGUUGCUAUUGGAACAUACUGUGCUGAUAUUCGCGGCAUGGAAAUCGAUAUCAGACUGUGCGAUUCGUCGAUUGAGAACGCAAGAUUAAUGACCCACUCGCUUGGACUGGACGGCAAAUUCGAUAUACGGGUCUCAACGUUCGGCACAUCCAACAGCAUCCUGAUCCACAUCGAGAAAACCUCCACGAAAAGUUUGUCCCGCAAGUAAUGACUCGUGGGUGGCGGAGCGGUCUAACCGGACCGGCUGACCCCAAUUGGAACCGAAAACAUAACACGUGUGCAGAGAGGGGAUGGGGGGGGAGUCGGAAAAAAUUAAGAAUAAAAAUGACCGCCGUCAACACCUGCUGCGAAUCGUACGUGAGUAUAUAGAAACACAUAUAAUAGGGAUUUGGUCAAAGACAGGAGGUGCACCCAAACGUGGUAAGCAGGAAAAUUUUAAAUAGCUAGGGAAGUACCAAUAUCAGCAGCAGCAGCAGCAGCAGCAGCAAAAAAAAACAAAAACAGUAUAUCUUUCUACAGUUUUCAACUCUAUUGAUGUCAUUCCUCGCCUUUAGAACAGCUUCUUAUCGAUUUCAAUCUGGAUUCUUGUCGGAAUUUUCUCUUUCCGCAAUAUAAAUAAGGUAAAUGAUUUUGGUUUGUCCAGUCGAAAAUAUGAUCAAGGUUUGUCCACUUUUUUGAAUGCUCUAAUUCAGCAAACCUUUGUCAAAUCGGGUAUUCGAAUGUUUCAAAACAUAUAAAUAAAAUUGUCUUUUUCAUGAUUUACAAUAUUUUUACGGAACCACAAGUUUUAAAGGAUUAUAAAAUACACCUUCUAUUGGUGUCAAUGCGCCCCUCAUUCGAGCUAACUUUUAAUCGAUCACUUUCACUUCACUUUGCAAGUAUUCAGGCAUUUUCGGGAUUAUAACAAUUACAAAUAUUGUAAACAUCAUGCCUACACACCAUUUGUAUCAGAUUUACAUAGCUAAACCAUUAAAUUAACGCAUUUGGAUGAAAUCAAUUCUGAUCAUGAGUUGUCCAAUUCACUAAUGUUGUUUUGUCCACAUGAUUUCUAUGGCAACCGCUUGGCGCGCUGCAGUUUGUUAAUUGUGUCCUUCGCGCAUAGCAGAAAUAAAGUUUCUCUGUGUUGAGCGUGUUGAGGGUAACACUUUUAAAAUGUCCAGGAAAAGGCAAUAUUCUGAAGAAAGUCUAAAUUAUGAAUGGAUCAAUAUGAUGCAAUGAUAAAUGCAACAUCUACUUGAGAAUUCGAAUGCUUUCAUUCAAAAAUGGUGAUUUCCAAAACCAGACAAACCAUGAUCAUUUUUCGGGUAAACCAUGAUCAUAAUUUCUCUUUAAGGAAAAUCGUUAAAAAAACAUAAAAAUUUGAAUAAUUUCAACGCCGUAUGAUAGUAUUAGCAACUAAAGUUUAGGAGCUUUUCAAUAAACUCAAACUCGUAUCGAUUAUAUGUGAUUUUCAUGAUGAAAAAUCGAUUUGCAUUUACUAGUUGCGUAAAAAAACCCCAAAUCGGACAAACCAAGAUCAUUUACCCUAAUAUGGAUAGCUCUGGCAUUUGUUUGUUGUUCUUCGUUCGGAUGAUAACUUUUUAGACAUUUUUGCUUGAAAAAAAAUUAUUGCAGCUUUUUUCCCAUGUGUCAAAUGUUUCUCCAAUCAACGAAACAAACCUUUCCGUGACUAGGGCUUUGUUUAUUCGAGUUUUUGGUCGAUCCAGAAAACGUCCAUCGCAGAUUGCAGUGUUGGGCAUUUUGAAUGAGCUCGAAUGAAAUAAAUGUUGCAAUUUGUGUAAUUCGAAUUAUGAAUUAUGUUUUUUUCUUAGUUUUAAUGAAUGAAAAAUGUUCGAAUAAUAUAAUUCUAGCAUUCAGAAUCAUAAAACCUUUGGCGGGAAAUGAAAUUAAAUUGUAAUUAAGUUUAGAACAUCUCAAUUAUACUGAAAUUUCAGUUUCUGACAAAAUGUCUGUAUGAUUUUGAGCGCUAAAAUGGUAAAUGUCGGUCAUAAGUAUAUGUCGCAAUAUCCGGUAAUAUCUCCACCAGCCCGGGACUACGAAAUUAUCCGCGAUGACUAGUAGCGACAAUCGAGAUUGGAAUCUGAACUUCUCUCUGUCAGAUUAGAAGGCUGAAAGACAAUUUUAAAUUAGUAAAAUUUGAAUGAAAAUUUCUAUUUGGCAUUAUUUAGUUACUUCAAGCACGUAGUCCUGACGAAACAUGGCAUUCGUAGUCAAUUAUUAUUAUAAUAAAUUAAUUCCAGACACAAUUUUCUUGCAGAAAAAAAGUGAUUUUCAUUUACAUUGAAUACUAAAUUCAAUACGAAAAGUCAAUUUUCAUUUAUAAUGUUGUAGAAUUCGUUUUUCCUUCUCAAUGACACACCAGAAUACUCGUUUCGCAAAUACAGGCUGUUGUUUUCAGUUUCAGAGAUGCCAUUUUCUUUAAAGUUGGCGAAAAUGUAUGCAAAGUAUAUUAUCUGCAAGCAAAUAUUUUUGUUCUAUAAAUUAGACUAUAUACAAUUUAUAGCUUAUAUUCACUUUGGAUUGACGUGUAAUUUUUUUCCGCCUGUGAUUUUCCCAUUUCUUUUCAUUUCCCAAUUUUAUGCACAGAGUGAAAUAUGAAGAAAUACACAACCUAGUCUGAACUACGCCCAAACUAGCGUUGGCUGUAAACAUUUCAUCUUUGGCAGACACAGUGCCAUUUCGUGUGCUGGAGGGUCAAAUGCGCAAAUAAUGAGCUGCUCCAAAAGCUUAAAAAAAGGUGUAUGUAUAUAUGCGAGCAGACAUCUCUUUCUGUUUUCUUUUCUCAUUUCAUAUGGGAUUGUGCCAAAAAAAAGUCCAUAUACGACGUCAACGGGGAUCGAACCAAGGCCGGCUGGAAUGCAAAGAUAUUUCACAUGACCUCGCUAUCCAUAUAGCUGUCAACGCUGUUAUAUUGAAGUGUGAUAAUAUUGCACCUCAUCAUAAAAUGAAGUUGGAAAGUGUUCUCUAAGAGGAUAGAGAAGAACAUGAACGAGAAUAUAUCUUUCUCUGUGUCUCCUGUUUCGCUUGCUCAUAUUGGCUCUAGCAUAUAUAUUACACAAAUGAUAUACCGGUAUUGGGGAGUAGAACAUUUUUUGUUAUUUUCCGGCUCAUUUAAUGUAAUAAAUCGGGAUGCCAUAACAUGUGCUAAAAAUUAGCUUUGGGUGUAGCUACCUCGGUUGCUAGCGCGGAAAAUAUUACUGAAUUCAGAACUUUAAAAAACUAAUGAAACAGUUUCUUUCGUUUCAUUCACUUUCUCGAUACCACAUUGUCAGUCUACUUUAUGAGGGUUAGAUUUGUAUUGUGAAAAGUUCCGUAUUUUACUAUUAAAAGUUUUCAUUUCAGUUUUCCAAACAAAUUGUUUUCAUGUGUAGAAUUUCAAAAGUUUGAAAAGUCAAUUGCAAUCGCAAAAAAAUACUAACAAAAAUGAAAUGUCUGCGAAUUUACAGUCACGCUUGCAAAUCUGGCAACUCAGUUUCGAAGUCCGUGCGGGGAUGCCAGGUGAUUUUUUCAAAUGUUUCCACAUGAUACGAAAAAAUGUCUUCAAAUGUCUUCACAAUCAUAUCGGAGGAUACUAAAAUUCAUAACUUACUCUCGAACAAAGUUCGACAGCUUAUUCAAUGAUUAUCCUAAUUGGUAUUGUUAUAUAACGCAUUCAAAUAAACUUACUUGGGUUUUUUAUUUAUUUCAAUAAAUCUGAACAAAGAAUAUAUUGCGCAACUGCGAACUAAAUUUUAUGAGCUUAUGAAUGAUAAUUGGCUUGAUAAACCGUUGAUUGAGUGAACACAACAAUUGGUUUAUUUCAGCUUCGAAGUUUUGGUUAUAACUCAAACCAUAUCCAUAAAACUAACUAUUGAAACGGUAUGUAGCCGGAAAACCUUCGAUAUGUGAAGUGGUCAUCUGAAAGAAUGGGUUAAUCUAUUGAUGGUAUGGGCCCAAAGUAAUAAAAAUACAAUGUCACAAUUAUUCGAAUUCUCGAGCGCAAAUGAACUAAUGUCUUCUAGAGACAUUGUGUAUUCAGAACGCAUGAAGUUCUCAAGUUUUUUAAGUAAAAGUCGCUAUGUUGUUGAAUUCAUUCUAUAUGCUUGUGGAUUUUCUGCUUGGAAAAGAAAAGUCUCCGGUUAUUACUAAGAACAAAAGUAAACGAGUGACACUGAUAUAAAAGCGAGCGAAUGACACUGAGACAAAAGCCCUGCUUCUUUCGACGAUAUUUUCGGCUAUUACUUAGAAUUUCUUACUUUUUUAGAAACCCACAUACGCUGUCACAAUGAAAUAGCUUCACAUACUCCAUAAAACAUAAAACGUCUUCGAAACAUCUUCACAAAAUCAAAUGUCUUCACAGUAAGUCAAAUGUCUUCAAAAUGAAGACAUGUCUUCAACCCUGGCAUCUCUGAGUCCGUGAGAUAAAACGGCAACAACAUGCAUUCAUGUCAUGAAAUGUCAUGAUAGUGAUGCUCGAAAAUCAGAAAACCCGGAUUUCUUCAUCAACAUCGAGCAUCGGUUGUCAUUAUGCUCUCAAAUGUCAUUAUAUUGAAAAUAAUAUUGACCGUGUAAGGUCCGCUUUUGCCAUUUCUAUUGGAUUCGUUUUGACAAACAAUUUGAAUCUGUCCACAUCGAGAUGGAGAAUAGAAGGUAGGAAGAUUCACGCGUUUUGGUUGUGUCAGCCUUUGAUUGCAUUAGUAGCCGGGAAGAUAGGAAUGUCCCAUACCAGGCAUACCAGUCAGUUACUCAAAUGGUACAAAAUUGAAUGUGUCAACAAAUAGAGUUGAAAGAGGAUAUACAGAAACUAAUUACAUAUUUGCAAACAAUAUUUACAUUACAUUCAUCGUUUGCAAAGAAACAGAACAUGGCACGAACUAAAAUGUUUCAUUUUUUCAUUGAUUUCUUCUUUUAUCAAAAUGAUUAUUUUGGUGUCUAUUGUUCUUGAAUUUUAGAGGAGCUUUAUGAAGGUUUAGCUGUCAUUACUUUAUUUCACAAUCUAGGUGCUGAACUCUACAUCUCAACGACUUAUCUACUGGAAAACGAUAAAAAUAUGUCCUGAUUCCUUCGUCAUUUUCAGUUCUGCUAUUGUUCCGGCAUUGUGGGACGUUGCAUUUUGAUAUUUUGCGGAAGUGAACAAAAAAAGGGAUCACUAUGAUAUUGAGGAAAGAUCACAUAAAAACCUCACCUGCCAUGAAAACCCUAGACACUAUCGUAUUUGUCGUCAGAUCAGCUUCAAGUGUGUCACUUUUCCUUAUUUUUUAAACAAGUCAUAGUAAUAUAUUUGAAAAACUUCACGUUGUUUGUUGAGAGUUUUUUUUUCAAAUUAACUUCUUUUUCUUCUUUGACACAGGCGUUGUUACAUACCUGGUAUUCUUUUUACUUUCAUCAGUGAUAGCCUGAGUCCAAAGUGGGUAAAAUAGGAGGUAUGUUUUCCCCGCUUUGUCCAUAUGUAGCGAUUGCACAGAAAGAAAGUAAAAUAUAAUUAUGAGACCAUCGAUUGAACCGGGAUCUAGGCAACCCUAUCCCAACCAACACAAAUUUAGGCUCUGGGCUCACGCAUUAUUUACUGUUUGGAGGCAAUAUCGGUGCAAAUAUGUUCAAAAUUUGAGUCCUUUGGAUAGCGGAGUCAUCAUGGCGGUUCACAAUUAAAAUCACAGCACUGCGUUUUUUUGUUACUUUGUGACAUCAGGUCCUGCUACAGUGAGAUGAGAAAACUUCAAGAAACUUUUAUUCAAAAUAUUUAAAUUCAUUGCCGGUUCCAAUAGUUAUACAUCACUGACACGGUUUGAAAGUUUUUUUUAUAAAUCCGUUGAUGUAGAACAGAUUACGAAAAAAAAAAUUAGGAGGUUGUGUUCAAGACACGGCCGGAUUGUUGACGUAGAACUACGCUGUAGUUUAAUUCAAGUCGUUUGUUUAUAACUGCGGCUAUUAUUUUAUUAUGCUACGAAAAUUUUGAAAUAACCAUUCUACCAGUAUGGUCGCCCUGAAAUGUUUUUUUUAUUAUUGUAGAAUCGUUUGACGAUAAUUGUUUGAUGAUUCAUUCUUGUGCUCACAGAACAAUACAUGCUCAAGAUAAGCGCAGCUGUCAUCCUUAGUGGAGAAAGUUUUGCUACUGGCAAGCGAAACCAAAUCACAUACAAAGUUCCAGAACGACAUUUAAUUUCUUGAUGACUAAAUAAGCGAAAUAAACUCUAUCUGCGUGCGAACCCAAAAUAAAUUAAUGACUUAUUAUAACUUAUUGAAUAACUUAGUUUUUCCCAAUUUUUUUUUUGUGCACAACCUUAACACCUGCUUCACCAUAGCGUCAGUUUAAUGCAUUGAUGUAAUGUCAAAGGCACCAACGAAGCCUUUAUGAUGACAGAAAACAAACAAUGUUAACUGCUUGGAAAAAGGCUGAAUAUUUGCCUCAGCAGAAAUUCAUUACUAAUAUCCUAGCGUAAAUAAUUCCCUCCCGCUAUCUCCCCUCCUUGUUUAUAUUUAUCAUUACAAAUGGGGUUUCAGAGUAGUGAAAAUGCCCUAUUUUUACGUACGGGUUAUGAAGCGCACAUGUACGCACACAAAUCCCCAUAUAUCGAUGGCUUGAAGCAACUAAAUAUACACACACUUAUCUCUGUUUUGCGCUCUUCUCAACAAAAGCCCUUUCUGUUAAUAUUGCCAGUCUAGAUUAGCUUAGCUGUCAUCCUUUGUGGAGAGAGUUUUCCUAUCGUCAUGCGAAACCAAAUCGCUGAAAAAAUUCCAGAACAUCUAUUUUCUUGGUGAGCUGACAAUAGUCUAGCUUGAUGAUUCCCCACACAAUUGUGUAGCUCAAAACAUUAAUGCAAUGGCGUUAGUUUGAUGUAAUGAUUGCAAUGCCAGAGACAUCAACGAGUGAGUUAUUUGUUCGCAUCCACAGCUCAUUCCGAAACGAAGACAUGUGAUGGCGCAAAACAAGGAAGAACAAACGAUGUUCAUUGUUUCGUAUCUAGAACGAUACUAAAAGUUUACCUGUCCUUGUUUAGUUAAAUAGACUUUAAACUUCUUCAGUUCAUCCGUCUCUAACCUUCCAAAAGGCCCUUGGAAAAUUCUACUUUUCCUCACAUUACUCCUCCACCCCUAUUGCCUUGAGAAAACCAUUCGAUCACUCGCCGUCCAGCUCGCCCAGAAACGGUGUUGUCCAGUCGGUGUCCUCACGAAGAAUGAAGUUUGCCUCAACAAGAUCCACUGUUUAUAUUCUAGGCAAAUAUUGCCCUUUGUUCCUCUUCUUUUCCUUUGUUCACGGAGACUUUACAUCUUGCGAUUUCCCCUUCGAUGCUCGUUAUUGACAGCUCUGUUCGGGGAAGCACACAAAUGAACAGAACAAAUGUAUGAGGAAAUGGAAAUGCUUCCAAUUUCCAUCAAUUUAAAUCAUAUACAGACUAUGAGAUUGUAAUGUAUAGCAUAUCAAACUAAUUUUAGAGAAUUUUCGAUUCUUUUGGUAUGUAAAUCGCUAGAAUCCUUUCACGACAAAAAUAGUUAUAACCAUUAACUUUAUUUCAUAAAAACGUGACCUGUUUUCUGAUUUGGCACCCUUAAUGAAAGACGUAGUUCUACGUCAAAACUCUGGAAAAUGAGAAAAACAAAGCACAACAGCACAACGAAGUAUGUUCAUUUAAAUAUUAAUUAUACAUCUUUUUUAUAUUGUGAAUGCAUUCGUAUGACACAAAUGUUUUAAUGGAAGAAAAAUGUUAAAAUAAUUUAAUUCUAGUGUUUAAAAUCAUUAAAUCCUAGCUUUUGGUGGAAAGUAAAACCGAAUUGUAAUUGAGUUUGGAACAUCUAGAUUACACUGGAAUUAUGAUUAAUUGAUUACUUGAUAAAAAAAAUGUGGUUCGUUUAUUUUUAUUGAUUUGAUUCUUUUUACCUUUGAUGACAAUGCUUUUUCAAUGUAGUAAAUUUUUAUGAGAAAAGUAACAUUUUUCGCUCCUGCUGAUCGUUGGAUCUUUUUUGAUAUUUCUCAUUGGAUUCUCUUUGACUCCUUACCCAGGCUCGAUCUAUUAGGUACAAUGUUGCUAGUGUAAAAAAUACACACGAAGCAUUAUUUCCUAUUUUCAAGCUUUUGUGCAAAACAUGAAUAAAUCAAGUUCGAAUAAACAAACCCCUGAGCUAUCCCAAUCGGACCGAGUGAAGAAACCACGAUAUAUCUACGCCAAACAGUAUUCUCCUAUAACCUCAAACGACGGUCAACAAAGCCAAAGCAUGCACACAUACUCACAUUGCUAACACAUUCGUUCGACCGAUUCAGCUCUCGUGAAGACUACAAUGUCAACCAUGCUCUGAAUUUAACCGUAUUGCUUUCGCACCCAGUUACAUCCGUUCGCACUGUUUAAUCAACAAUCUAAGACGAAAAAUGAAAUUAGGACAAAUGAACUCUUUUUCUCUCUCUUGUACCAACUACUAUGUGUAUGUCACCACACGGAGGACACUCGAUCCUGUCGACAUAGCAUGUAAAGAUGACAAUAUAUAAAUUUACAAAGCAAAAAUUGAAAAAUAAAUUUGCCAAAAAAACAGACAACUGAAGAAUACAAUUCUAAAAUUAGUGGAAUGAAGAAAAAAACAAACGCGUGGGGUACGGCUGCCCCUGAUUUUAUGCACAGCCUUCACUGAAAAUUUGCUUUAAAAACUAAACAAAUGUGUAGAAAAAAAAUAGAUUGGGAAAGAGAGAGAGAGAUAGAACUAAUAUUUACGUGAAACCGAUAUCGAAAUAAUGAAGGAAAAUAAAAGAAAAACAGAAUGAAGUGCUAGUUUUACUCCUAAUUACAUUGCGGUUCGUAUUUCGCAUUGUUACGUUCAGUCGUGUUUUAAAACAGAACCUGGCGUUUUUACCUAGUUGUAGGGAUAGAUAUUUUUACUUAGAUCACAUGGAAACAUAUAUCUAUAUAUUUUGAGAUUACAGAGAUAUUUUUAACAUAUUUAAUAUUUGCAUUUUUAAAAAAGGCACCCGAAAUUCAUACACAGUUACGUUUUAUUGGAAGUCUAUGCGCGCUCGUUAAACGUAAAACAACAUUAGCUUUGAGUUUGAUCAAAUCACAUAGUAAACAAAAGUAUAGACAUUCAUUUCCACACAAAAUACGACAAAAUUAAUGGAAAAGAUUAUUUAUUCGUUGCAAAAAUACCCGCGGUCUAAGAAAGCUGCGCUGUUGUACCCUAUGUUUACACAAAGUUUUGUAUACUUAGCGAGAAACAAAAAAGUCCCCCUUAUUGUGUAGACACACGCAACGUGAGAAUGCAAUUUUUGCAUAGUGGAAAAAAAACAGUUCUAGACCAUAGGCCAAACUUUGUUGAGAAGUGUAUUUAUUGAAACAGUUGUAAAGAGAAAAAAAAAAACAAAACAACGUUAAAAACAAAAAAAAAACAAUGUAUAAUCGGUGUAGUGUGUUUAAAACAGAAACAACGCAUUAUUUAAAAAAAAUCAAACGAAAUCAUAAGAAGUCCAAAUGUAAGCCAAGCCCUCGUGUCGGUGGGUAGGAAGACAGUCGGAGCAUACCAAACCGAUAUGUAGCUAAAUUUGCAUACACAAAAAUGCGUUCUGAACAAACUAUUAUACACGUCUUCUAGUUGAAUUUGAUACCAAUAUUUGAUGAGGCGAAUCAGCGGGGCUCUACGUGAUCACGCGGGAGUGUUAGGAACGACGACAAGAAAUAAUUGUUUUGGUGUAUGUGAAUGUUUAUCGGAACCAGCAGUAAAAUCAUUAAUGAAAUGCAAUCACACAACUAGAUGUGAAAUUGUGAAAUUUACAGUAUAAAGUUUGCACACGAAACGGUUAUCUGAAAAUGAAACAUCACGAACUUAGUCCAAGUGAAGGAGUUGAAUUGAAAAUAGGCAGAAAAUAAAAAAAAAGCAGAAAAUGAUUCGAGUGAUGAUUCCGAACUUUGAAGUAAAAGUUAAUGAAAAUUAAA